AUGCCACCGUAUGUUUCCCGUACUCUACUUUCCCGGGGGUCGUGGGCAUUGUCGCAAGCAUGGAAAUCCUCGAUUCGCUUUGCUCAUAAUGCUCCCAGGACACUUCCGGAAUUCUCGCUGGAGGGCAAAGUCGCAGUUGUGACUGGCGCUUCGCAAGGCUUGGGACAGCAGAUCCUCGCGGCUUUCGCUCUAUCGGGUGCUCACGGUGCAGUCGUCGAUCUGAAGCAAUCCAGUGCAGAGGCGUCAGUAUCCUCACUGCAGAAAGAAGUCAAGGAAGCUGGUCUUCCCCCACCGAAGCUGCACGGUUACGAAUGCGACACGUCCUCCGAAGAAGCUGUCAAGUCGACCUGGGACAAGAUUGUAUCGGACUUCGGCAAGGUUGACAUAUUGGUCACAAACGCUGGCAUUACAGGAGGUGCGCCAGCGGAGGAUUAUCCGUUCGAAGACUUCAAGAACCUGAUCAAUGUCAACCUGAAUGGCACCUUCCUGUUUGCAAGGACCGCCGGUAAAUGGAUGAUUGAGAAUGGGGUCAAGGGCAACAUCCUCAUGGUCUCGUCGAUGUCGGGUUCCAUCGUCAAUAGGCCACAAAAGCAAUCUGCGUAUAACGCCUCAAAAGCUGCUGCUGGUCAACUGAUGAAGUCACUCGCUGCGGAAUGGGCACCCUACGGGAUACGGGUGAAUAGCCUCUCACCAGGGUAUAUCCAGACAGAAGCAAAUGCUGGCGAAGAGAUGGAGAAGUUGAGCAAGGAGUGGCUCCAAUACAUUCCCAUGAAGAGAAUUGCGAAGCCGGAGGAGUUCCGAGGCGCCGCUGUGUUCAUGUGCAGUGAUGCCAGCAGCUACUUGACCGGGAGCGACAUCAUCAUUGACGGUGGCUACUGCGUGUGGUAG